AUGACAUCGCCACGAAUUCUCGCCAUCCUUCUUGUUCUGGUUGGCGUUGUAACUGCACUAAAAUGCUACACUGGUCACUACGCCGAAAACGUCAAGCCAUCUUCAAAUUCGGAAUGCAAAGGGAAAUCCUGCACAAAGGUUAUUUUGAAGAAUGAUAAAUCAGCCUACUACGGUUGUGACAUGACAAAUAUGUGUAAUAAAGAUGACUGCGUGACGGACAAGAACGGUGACACAUUGUGUUGUUGUAGCAAAGAGCUUUGCAAUUCUUCAUCAAAACUUUCAGCUCUUUUCAUUAUUGCACCGCUUGCUUUGAUCACGACAACGUCUCCUUAUCAGAAACACAAGGAUAAACAUUGUUUGUCACUGAGGAGCACAAAUACUUCAAAACCUCUCGGAAUUUUGAAUUGCAGUGGAAAAUACUGCACAUCGACAAUAACGACAGAUAGCGAUACGAUCUCUUACGGCUGCGAUAUGAUCAAUAAGUGCAGUGAUGCCAUUGUAACUGCUUCUCCUCUUUUGAAUAGUGCUCAAUUUCCUUACAGUAGUGAAAAGAAGUGA